CUUCGCCAACACCAACAGCAGCUCCAGCUUACAUGCACCGCGGGCCGGUAUGCUUGUACCGUACAUCACUUGCGCAGUUUUCUUGCCCUCAAGGCCCGCUGUCACAACUUGUUCCUUGGCCGCAUUUUCGACGACUGUGCCAGUCGGGUAGUAUCUGCAGUAUAGAACCGAUAAUUGCACUGUUGCCGACGCUUGGCAAUGGUGGUGGGAGCUCUUGUUACCUACUUUGCUCCGUCAAACAGGGGAUUUGUCAGGAUAAAAGAUUCCAACAACGCCCCCUUCGAUUCGUUUCCAGUGCACACAAGCCUACGAGAAGAUGAGAGAGAAAAACCAAGGACAGCACUGCGCCGAAAGCCACUACGAGCCAUGGCCGUCUUGACCUCGAUUGCUUCUGAUUUUGAUAUCAUUUCAGACUGGGCAUUCUACCGACAAUCGCUACGGCAGGAUAGAGAGUAUCGGAAGGAAUUCGAAUCAAAUCCUGUGGAAGGAGACCUACCAUAUUUGAUACCCCCGAGACUUAUACAUUGCGUCUUGGCAUCCUGUAUUUUGGGGUCCAUCAUGUGGAUAGUGGUCGCUACAGAAGGCAGAAUCGUGUCUCCUGUAACAACUCGCCUCGGGAUUGAUAAGCUCAGCAUGGGACUCGUGCUUUUUAUUGCAGUGCUUGUGGAGGAUCUGCCUCAGAUUCUUUUGGUGUUCCUAAUUGAAGAUUACUAUGAAGAAGGAGGAUUCUUGUCUGAAGUGGCAGUCUUCAAUCUUAUGGCAAGUUUAUAUGAUACAUGCAUCAAGCUUGCAGAGAGUUACGAUCAGAGGCAUGACGUCGUGGAAACGGGCGUAUGGUGCAAAAAGAGUAUUAGAGGACAUGAAGCAACAAUUACAGAUAUCUUUGUGCUUCCAGAAGGCGUGGAAUUGCCGGCAUAUCAAUCCAACAAUCAGCGCGGGAGACGCAGGUCUACGUCGGACUCUGUGGUACAAACGAUCGAAAGACACCGAUCUACCGGGGAAUCAUCAUCAGAUGGGAACAAUGCUUCAACAAGCAGCCUCCCGACUUCAGUUUUUCGCAGAUCAUCUCGGAGUCAGAAACCGCUGAUUGUAGAAGCCUUUUUUCCAGAGGGCGAAGCGUUGGCACCGCGCAUUCACUUUCUAACCACUAGCAUGGAUAUGACAGCCAAGCUAUGGAACGUAGCUUCUUUGGAACAGACAAGCACGACAAAUACAAAGAAUGACAAGCAAUGCGUUGAUUUCUACAGCGAUGUGGAGGGGAAUGGUUUCACUUGUAUGGCAUGGGUCGGCCCAAAGAACCCAAAAACCAUGGUUGCCGGAAGCAUCAACCAGAAGCAUUUUGUCCUGUUUGGAAUGAACAAUGGAGUUACCAAGCUAUGGGACUUGAGUGGCUUGUGUCAUCGAACCUAUCAAGUCUAUGGAAGCAGAACAAACCGAGUUGCUAGCAUUUCAGCAUCGGGUUUUGGUGACAACCAUAUCUUUGUUUGCGGCCAUGAAUCAGGGGAUAUUAGAUUGUGGCAGACAUGGAUUGGAACCUGCUUGGGUCAAAUAAGGGCGCACGACAAACGAGUUACUUCGAUUAAGUUUUUGGACAACGGAAACCAGUUUGUUUCUGCCUCUGCAGACGCCAUGCUGAAGCUUUGGGAUACGAACAAUCACUUUCAUGGAAAGAAGGAGGAUCAUGGGGUUGAAGUCUCAGUUUCAGACAGCAACAGUGGUGUGCCAAACCUUGCAAAUAGCGCACCCAACAUCUCUGUACCUCCCAAAUACAAAGAAUUGCAUGGCGAGCACGAUGUGCCCGUCAAGAAGUUCCUGGGGCACACUGCUGCAGUGCUCGAUGUGGUGUGUGUUGACCAGAAGAACGCAAUCCUGAGUGGUUCCGCAGAUUACUCUGCUCGCUUGUGGUCACUUGAAACGGGUCUUUGCUUGCGAGUGUUUAGGGGGCACUCGGAUGGGGUAUAUUCCGUCCUUGCAAUCGACCGGGUUACCUUCCUAACCGGGUCGAACGAUGCGACAAUCAAAGCAUGGGAUGCACUGUCGGGUGAAUGCCUGAGAACCUACGAAGGCCACCGCUCGUGCGUGACAGGUCUUGCUUUAGGAGCAGUUAGUCAAGAUGCGACGGAGAGUGCUACCACUUUUCUUAGUUGCUCUGCUGACAAGAGUAUCAAGUGUUGGGUGCUCACUGCGGUUUCCUACAGAGAUCCAGCAGCCACUCUGGAUCACAUCCUGGACUUGCACGAGAAUACCUGCAGGUGCUUUGACCCUGCCACAUAUAAUGCAGGGCACCAAGUUGGAGUGGACUUGGUGAGAUCGUGCAGCCCCCAGCAUUGCGAGUUUGACCAUCCGUACUAUGAGGACUUCAAGCUAAGCAACGUAGAUUAGAAAGGUGUCGGACCAUAGUCCUAUGAUGACACCCCUUUGCUAUUAUCAACAGAUCAGUUUACACGCUUUCUACAUAGAAACCUAGUUUGGCUCGUCGUCAGCCAGCUUUGGCUUCGUCGGAGGUCGGAGGGAUGGAUUCCGGUUCAACGAACAUACAUGUAC